UAUCAUCUGUUGCAUCUUCUCUAUUUUGAUUAUCCUCUACAAUCCCUGUAUUUUCUGCUUCGCUUCUGAACCGCUGUCUCCAUGGAGCCGGCCGUUGUUUUCUUGCUUCGCUUCUGAACCCGCUGACGCCUCCUCUUCGGCGUCUGACAUGGUCUCAUGCUUCGACCUCAAAAGGCCAUUGUCUCUUCUCUUCUCGGCCACCCAAAACUUGCCUCCCGCCUGAACCCUAACGUCGCCGCCUCCCUCGCCCCAGUCCUCUCCACCCCUAUCCCCUCCCUUCUCCCCCUCCGCGCCGCCCACGCCCUCCUUACCGUCUCCGGAUGCACCGCACACAAGCCGGUCGCCCGCCAUCUCAUCGUCCUCUACUCCCGCUGCUCCCCUGACGAUGCCAUCCUCCUCCACUCCGCCCUUCGCUCCCCCGACAACAUCUCCGCUAGUAGCAUUCUUAAAUCCCUUAUCCGCGGCGGGUCCGAUGGCUUCCGCGCCAUCGAUUUCUUCUCCCGCCAUGCCCACCCCCUUGGUUACCGGCCCGACAGUUUCACCUUCCCUCUCCUCAUCACCUCGGCCAAGCUCCGAGAUUCGAUUCACCAAGGUGAGAUGUUCCACUGCCUUGCAUUGAAGUUGGGAUUCGUAGGACAUUUGUCUGUUGUCAACUCCUUGAUUCACAUGUAUGCUACUUGUGACGCUUUGGACCUGGCAAGACAGCUGUUCGACGAAAUGCAUGUGAAAGACCACGUCUCGUACAACUCCAUGCUGGAUGGCUAUGUGAAAAGUUGUGAUUUUGACAAGGCCGAGCAGCUCUUUCAGAUCAUGCCUGACCGAAGUGUCAUUUCGUGGUCUACUCUCCUAAAUGGGUAUGUCAGAAACAAGAUGUUUAACAAGGGAAUCCUAUUAUUUCACCAUAUGCAAGAGCUUGGGGUUGAGCCAGAUGACUGCUCAUUGAUCAGUUUGUUGUCAGUCUACUCACAUUGUAAGCUACCACAGCAUGGCAGAUCAGUCCAUGGGUUCUUGGUGAGAAGGUGGCUUCGGAUACCAACUCAUGUAAGUAAUGCGUUGGUGGACUUCUACUGCAAGUGUGACUUGCGAGAUGCAGCAGCUGAAGUAUUUAAGGGAAUCACCAAUAAAGAUCUCAUUUGUUGGAACACAAUGAUAUCUGGAUUUGGAAGUCAUAGUCAUAGCACCAAAGCAAUUGAUUUUUUCAAAACAAUGUUGCAAGAAGGUGUAAAACCAAAUGAUAUUACUUUUACAUGUAUCUUGGCAGCCUGUGCUCAUUCAUGCUUGGUUGAGGAAGCACGUCAUUAUUUUAAGAUGAUGACUGAAGAGUUUUAUAUUGAACCAAAAUUUGCACAUUAUUGGUGUCUGGUUGAUCUAUAUGUUCGAGCUGGAAAUUCUGAAGAUGCACUGAAGGUAAUUCAGGAUAUGCCCUUGCAUAAUUGGUCUGCCAUUUGGGGUGCAGUAAUUUGGUUAGCAAAGGUUCAAGGUGAUAUUAGUGUAGGCGAGCAUCUAGGGAAAUGUUUGAUUGAGCUGGAGCCAUAUAAUAGCAGGCGAUAUGUCCCUCUAGUAAAUGUUUAUGCUGCAGCAUCAAGAUGGGAUAAGUAUAAAGAGUUGCAAGAUUUGAUGAAAGCAAGGGGAUUAAAGAAGUUGCCUGAUUCUACACUGAUAGAUUUGAAUGUUGUCGUUCACAAGUUCUCUGUGGGUGACAAAUCCCACCCAGAAAUUGGACAAGUAUAUGAAAUGUUGAAGGAAAUUGCCGAACAACUAAAGUUGCAACAUCCUAGGGUUGAGGAAACCAUAGUUGAUGCAAUUUAGUUCGAAAAUUUUGGAAUCUUGGAUGCUGUUAUCUCCUUAAGACAGCUUUACACUGUAGGAUUACCAUAAUGAAGAUUCAACUGGACAAUCAGAAAUAUAAUUGGUUUUACAUGCUGUCUGUAUGGGGAAAAGACUAAUUGAGACUAACCUUGAACAUGAUUGGAAGCUAGGUUACGAACAAGCUUUACAAGAGCCCUGAUGCGAACAUAGUUUUUUCUAGGGACAGGUUGAUCUACUUUGAUACUAAGAAACUAGGUAUUGGAAGUAUGAGCCCGUGUUCUUGCUUUAAAAACGUGCUACACUGACAUCAUGGAAGGAGCAAGUGUGUUUGUUCACCUAGGGAUAGUUAAAAGCCCAAGUGAUUAAGUAUAAGGGAGAACAUUUCUGUUCAGUGGUUUAGAAGUCCAUCUUCAUCAAUACUCAGCUUUCUCGGGUAGCUACAGCAUGAUGGAAGCAUUCUGUAUCAGGAAGCCUGGCAAAAGGACUAAUGUAAACACAUGGGCUACUUCAGUUUAGACUCCUUGUUCUUGUUCGUUUUCCUUUAGAAAAAUGUGGCGGUAAGUAUUUCAUGAGACUACCUUAGAAAAGAAUUUUCUUUUAAAAUCAAAAUGUAUCAUGAAAAGUUAGAGGUUCUAACAUUCACUUUGAACUUCUCAAUUUUAGGAAAUGAUUUAUUUUGAAAAAUAUGAAUUUACAAUUGUUUCUUUCUUUA